AUGGCGUACAACCAGAGCACCCCCAUCAUCAAGUACAACGGCCAGGACUUCCACUCCUUGCGGGAUCAGUGCCUUAGCAGAGGCCAGCUCUUCGAGGAUGACACCUUCCCCCCCACGCUGGCCUCCAUAGGCCCACUGCUGCUGAAGGGAGAGAAUCUCUCCCGCCUGGAGUGGAAGCGGCCACAUGACUUAUCAAAAGGGGCACCCUACUUCAUCCUGAAAGGUGUGAGCAGAUUUGACAUCCAACAAGGAAUGGCAGGAGACUGCUGGUUCCUGGCUGCGCUGGGCUCCUUGACACAGAACCCAGAGUAUCUGCAGAAGAUCCUGAUGGAGCAAAGCUUUUCCUAUAACUACGCAGGGAUUUUCCGUUUCCGGUUCUGGCAGUGUGGCCAGUGGGUGGAGGUGGUGGUGGACGAUCGCCUGCCCAUCCUGGACAGGAGGUACCUCUUUGUGAACACCCGCUGCGACAACCAGGAGUUUUGGCCCUGCCUGCUGGAGAAAGCCUACGCCAAGCUGCGCGGGUCCUACCUCAACCUGCACUACGGCUACCUCCCCGAUGCGCUGGUGGACCUGACAGGGGGCGUGGUCACCAGCAUCGACGUGACCUCCUCCCCGGCCGACAUGCUGGUCAUGGUGCAAGCAGCCGCCCAGGCCGGCUCCCUCAUCACGUGCGCCACGCCCGCGGGGCCCACAGGAGUGGCCACAAAGCUGCAGAAUGGCCUGGUGAGCCAGCAUGCCUACACUGUGACCGGUGCUGAGCAGGUCCAGUACCGGAGGGGCUGGGAGGACCUGAUCCGCCUUUGGAACCCCUGGGGAAACACGGAGUGGAAAGGGCCCUGGAAGGACGGGUCUGUGGAGUGGCAGGAGAGUCGCGACCCGCGGAAAGACCAGCUGUACCAGGACAAAGAGGAUGGCGAGUUUUGGAUGUCGAUUCAAGAUUUCCAGGACAACUUCUCCUGCCUGUACAUGUGCAACAAAGUCCCCAUCAGCGUGGAAGACGGCAACAUGGUCUGUGCGAGAUGGUCCCAGAAGAUGUUCAAGGGCCGUGUGAUACCAGGAAGCCCAGCAGAUGGCUUCUGGAGGGACACCCAGUUCCUUUUCUCUGUGUCGGACAGCAUCCGGGGGGAAAACACUGUCGUGUCCUUCACUAUCAUGCCCCAGGACAUAAGCAAGGAAGAUGAUAAGUUCCCGCUCAGCUUCGAUGUCUUCAAGGUAAGAGCCCCGUUCCAGCACUUCCAGGAGAAGCUGCCACGGACGUUCUUCUCCCAGUACCGAAACAUCAUCAAGGGCAUCGUCUCCAAAACCAAGUGCAACCUCACCAAGAGCUUCCACCUCAGCCCCGGCACGUACGUGGUGGCUGCCUCGGCACGCAGGGAACCGGUAGAGUUCCUGGCCCGAAUCUUCCUGAAGAUGCCAGUGAGCAACAGGAGCUUGGACACCAACUUCAACCUCAAAACCAUGAAGGUAAGUGUGACAAGCGCCAGUCUCCCAGGAGAAGACCCCCGGCUCGUCAUGUUCUACAAAUACUCCCCGCAGGGACUAGACAUGGAGCCCACAGAGCUGCAGAAACUUCUGAACCACGAGCUCCUGAGAGGGAUCUCAGGGGACCUGUUCUCUCUGGACCAGUGCCGGGGCAUUGUGGCCCUGAUGGACGUGAAAGUCAACGGCCGGCUCGACCCCGAGGAAUUUUCCAGACUGUGGAGCCGGUUGGUCCACUGCCAGAGCGUCUUCCAGAACUUUCAGAGGAACUCUGGCGUCUUCCUGAGCUCAGACUUGGGGAGGGCCAUAAAGAGCACAGAAUUCCUCGCAGGCGUCUCAAUGCACAGUGACCUGCUGGAGCUCAUGACACUGCGCUAUGGGGACAGCUCCGGCACGGUCACCUUCCCCAGCCUGGUCUGCUUCCUGAUGCGACUUGAGGCCAUGGCAAAGGCUUUCCAGAAGCUCUCCAAGGAUGGGAAAGGAGUGUACCUGACAGAGAUGCUGUGGUUGAACCUGGUCAUGUACAGCUGA